GAGCUGGUUCCUUGAGAUCUUGAACUCAAGGAAUUCCUCGUGGUCAUCAGCUAAUGCUGAACUAGUUGAAGUGCCAUUGAUGGAGAAGCCUGCCUACCUACUAUGGUUUGGGAAACUGUAUCCAAAGCAGUGCAAGGAAUAGCUGCAGCACUUUACAGGAAUACAAUUCCUCUCAUGGUCACACUGAAAGGAAAGACAGGAGUGGAGAAGGUGGAGUCAUCAAGUAAAAAAAGACACAUGAAUGGGAUUUUACGAAGCGUUUUGUCACAGUUUGUGUGAAAGACAUCAUAAAGUACAAUUGUGUUAUUACACGACAAUGUUACCACACCCUGCACAAAUGGUGACAGCAUCAAACCUUGCCUGAGUCACCUGGACCAAAAUAACUUGACAGUUAACAUUAAUCACAUGCUUGAUAUUGCUUUUCAGUACCAGCACUACCAAAGGAAAUAGCAACACAGCCCUGUGAAACUUUCUAGGAAGUUUACUGGCCACAGAGUGGACCCAAUCUCUCUGUAUCAGUGACACCACCUAGAAGAGACUCAAGAUGUUGGUGCUACUGGCUGGUAUCUUUGUGGUUCACAUUGCCACUGUCAUCAUGCUCUUUGUCUCCACCAUUGCCAACGUUUGGAUGGUGAGUUCCUCCAGCUUUGGAACAAUCUCAACAGGACUCUGGUUGCUGUGCAAUAACACCUGCAAUCAGCUUUCAGUUAAGAGCGGUGAUGAGACUUCCCUCAAAGUCGUGCAAGCCUUUAUGAUCCUCUCGAUCAUUUUCUCCGUCGUGGCGCUCAUCCUGUUCGUUGUCCAGCUGUUCACUCUGGAAAAAGGCAAACGUUUCUACAUGACUGGAGCCGUCAUGCUGGUUUGCUGGAUGUGCAUUCUGAUUGCAGUCUCCAUUUACACAGCUCGGUUCACAGGCAAGACGCAGUACGUCACAAAUCCUCACCAUGGCUACUGCUUCAUAUUGGCCUGGAUCUGCUUUUGCUUCAGUUUCAUCAUCGGCAUCCUCUACCUUGUUCUUAGGAAAAAAUAAGGCUGAUGGGGGUCUAGGGGAGAGGGCUUGCUACUGGGAAUGGGGAAGAAUUACUCUGCUGAGAGAACUGUUGGGCCAAUAGACAGAAACAGCCACCAUCAUCACCACUGCCACCACCACAGAAAAAUCACUAACAAAGCUAGAAUCCUGAGAAACUCCUUCACCAAAGAGAGGGAGAAAACCAGCUCCUACUGAUCUCGCACUUCUGGGGCUAGAAAUCUGCAAGUGACCCAGACAGCUCUUCUGCUUUUCUGCUAAGUCAUGUCAUACCUUCACAAAGCUUCAAGCUCAGCAGUGAUGAUUGAAGGGCACCACAAAAACAAAGGCUACAUCUUUUUCUCUUCUUAGAGCCCUUCUCACUUACCUUUGAGUUUGCCUUGUGGGUUGGGCAGUGAGGAUUAUGACCCCUUUAUUUGUCCAUUGAAACAAAUGGAAUGGGCCUUUUGUUACAUUUUUAUAUAUAUAUAUAUAUGUGCGCAUAGGUGAAUGCUAAAGACAUUAAAUUAGAAGCAACCAGAAGAAAUCAGAUAAAUUUUGUAUUAAAAUAUCUACAAAAAUGAGGCAGCAGACUUUUUUGCUGUUCUGUUUUCUAUUUGACAUUCCCAUGAUUCCCAGGAAUGGCAAAUAUACAGGCAUUGAUGAUGGAGAGAGAGAGAGAGAGACAGAAAGUGUGCGGGUGAAGAUACGGGUUUCUAACUACAGAGGAUGCAGUUGAUCAGUGGUGCACAUGCAGGGAGGGAAUCGUCUGGGUGUGUGUCUACACAAAAAUAAUCUUCUGUUCAACUCCAGAACAUGGUAACAGACUGCAAUAUCACAGAUCUUUACUGAGACAAGUUCUCAUCUAUAGACAGGGUUUUUUUCCCACAUCAUCACCUGGUACAUGGUAAUAAUUGAGAAGCCCACCUUGUGACAAAGCUCAUCUCAAAAGCAGAUAAUGGUUAGCAGAGGAAAUGUAUUCCCUAAUGAGAGAUUAGAAGAGAUGAAGCAGGGCUUGUGAGUUUUGCUCCUUGCUGUACAACCUUAGGCCAGCCAUUUAAUCUGGUGCUUUUCCAUCUGCCAAAUUCUUCCAUAGAACUAGAGCUACCUCCCAGGGUUGCUGAGAGUUUUUGAGUCCACUAUGUAAUACAAGGUUCCCAUAUGAAAGGCUGGCAUAGGAAAGUAAGGCAUUGGUACUGCUGCAACCCACAAUUUUCUGAUAGUUUGAAGAAUCUCAGUCACAAGAGGCAUUUGCAAGGAAUGAGGUCAAAAUUCCCUGUGACUCCAUUCACAGCUAAAAGGUAGAGAGUAUAAAAAACCAUGUCGGUGCAGAUUGUGCAUGGAUGCUAUUUACCUCUCUCUCUCUUUCUGUUACAUUUUCUUCUUACGUAGACUUUAUCAAUUUGGUGGAUAUAUUCUAGUACUGUAUGUUGCUGUUUCAUUAACAAAGGUUAUUUCAUAUAUAGUCAUUGUAAAUAUUUUGAAAUGCAUAUUUUUAACUUUGUGGGUAUAAAAAUAAAAUCUGAUUCCCUUUAUAAAAAAGA